ACAACAAACAACAACACGUAAGGGCCUUAGAACCGUAAUAUACGAAGAAGAUCAAAACGGGGAAAUAUUAUGAAUUUGAAAAAUGUAUAGGCAUUCAUUAGUUAAAAUUUUAUUCGUCAUUUUAAAACUAAUUAAAAUAUCAACUGGUUUUCUGGACAUUGAAGAAUUAAAAGAACUGAAAUAUGGAAUCGAAAUCACGAAGAAACCAGUUUUAUUAUCGGAGAUUAAGGAAAACACAUUGCACCUUUCUUCAAAAUAUGGACAAAUCUAUCAAUGUGCCAUUCCCAUUAGAGAUAUAAAACCAAAGGAAAGUGAUACAGAUUCCAAAAAUGACACUGAUGUCACUGUGCAGUCAGUUUUGGAUUCUUCACUUCAAGGGCAUUGUUUGUUUUAUACACUUAAUUGGUGGACCUACAAAGUUUGCUACAAGAAGGAAAUAACUCAGUAUCAUGAAGAAAAUGGCAUUGUACAUGGAGAUGUCAUAAGCCUUGGAACAUUUCAUUCAGAAAAGGAAUGGAAUAAUACGAGUUCACAGAGCAAAUCAAAAGAAAUCAAAUAUCAUUAUCAUAAGUAUGUCAAUGGUUCAGUUUGUGAUCUUGUUGGGAAAAAGAGAGAAACCACUGUUAAGUUCUUUUGCAACGAAGAUAUGGUUAAUGCUGUUGUCUCCGUUGAUGAACCAGAGACCUGUGUGUACACGAUUAAUGUGCAAAGCAAAUCACUUUGUACACUACCACUCUUCAAACCGCCGAAAAAGGAAAGUGCUAAGGAUAUAACCUGCUCGCCAGCUUUAACCAAGCACCAGUACGACAAGUAUCUCCUAAAAGAAGAAGAAAAAAUAAAAAAGAAGAAAGAAGAAGAACGCCUGCGUGCAGCUGAGGCAGAAAAGCGAAAAAAAGUUCUUCACGAGGAAACUUUGUCCGAUCCUCUUGGUAGUUUCGUAACAGCUUUUCAGUCCUUUCUAACAACACCCGCACAGGCUGCAAAAGACAAAUCGAAGGAUGGCGCACCAAAAGAUGACUUGAGUAAUUUCUGGAAAGACUUUGGUAUUGAUCUAUCAGGUACUAUUGCAAAGCCUGAAGCAAAAUCUGAGGAAGAGGUGAAAGGAAAAGAAGUGGAAAAAGAGACAAAAACUGAUUCAAAAGAUAAAACUGAAGCUGAUGAAAUGGUGGAAGAACUGAAUCCAAUGAGCAAAGGAGAUGGCAUGGUUUCCACCGAGGGAAAGCUGUUUGAAAAGAAGCUUAAGAAGGAUGGGUCAGUUGCAGAAUUAACAGAUGAGAUCAAGAAGCUGUUUUCUUUACAGGAAGCAAUUGAUGAAGUGGAUAAGCAAGCAGAGGAAUUGAUAAAAAAAGACAGGGAAAAAAGAACUAUAUUUGUUAACCAUUUUGGGAAAUCUAAGCAAAAAGCUGAAAAACAAAUAACCGACUUGAGAAUGUUGUUAAACCAACUGACAGUUAAGAAAAGCAGUGAGAAGGGUGAUAAGAAUGCCCAGCACUUGGAACUUAUGAUCAAGAAAAUAGAACAAAACCUACGAUUGUUUCAACAGCGGAUUGACCGUCUAAAUAAAAAGAUGGAGAACUCCUUGAAGCGAAGUGAAGCGUUUGAAAAGAGAUACAAAAAUAUACAAGACAUGUUUAGUGGAGGCAAGUCUUCCAAGAAAAACCCCCGAACGAAGGAAGAGCCCCUUGUUAGUCUGAAUGAAGUUUUGAAAAGCCUUCGAAAUGAACGUGAUGAAGUGGAUCGAAUUGCUAAAUCAGGGGACGAAUUAAAAUCACCCGAAGAUACAGAUGAUGUGGAUACAGAAAAGGUUGUGGCUGACACUUCAGAGAAAGAAUCCAAAAAGCAGGUUGAUCCUAUUCUUGAUGCUGUAAUUAAGAUGCUUAAACUUGGAGGAAAAAAAGAGAAGAAAGCGGAAGAGGCAAGCAAGUCAGAGUCAGCUGGGAGCUCCAGUGAAGAUGACCUGGAUUCGAAACAGAUUAAGAAUUCUUUGCCGUCAGAACCUUUGUCUUUUAAGGAGGGCACAGAUAAAGGCGAUACAAUAGGCGACAAUAAAAUCAAGGUAAAGAUCACUCAUCUUGGCAGCGAUGACGUGAAGCUACUUGAAGAGGAUGAAAAGCAGGAAGAGCUUGCUGGAACCAAUAAUGCAAACAAUAGGCUCAGAAAAGCUGGUAAAAAGAUCGAGAAUAUGGUUAAAGAAAAGUUGAAAAAAGCUGGUGUUGAUCUUGGAACAAACAUAAAGAUAAAAAUAAUAACAAAUGAUGGGCCAUUGUCAUCUUUAUCUUCGAAAAGUAAAACAGACUUUCUCACUGAUGAGACCGCAACGCAGUUCAAAGACAUGCUUGUCAACAUGUUGGGUGGCGGAACAGAAAAAGUUAAAGAGGAAAAAAGACAGUCAAGUAUGGAAGACAGUUAUAAGUUUGUCUGGGACAAAGAUGAAGGCACCGAAGAAAGAACUGAGGAGAAAGAUAGCAAGUCUUCUUUGCUUUGAUCAAUUUCCUUUCAAAAUUUUGAAAAAUUGUCGAUCCAGCUGCUACAUUUGAUAAAUUUCUCACAAAUAGUUUUAUGCAGUUAUAUAUGUCGGCAGAUUCAAUUGAGCGAUGGUUCAGAUCCAUAAGUUGUUGGAAGGUCGUAUCAGUCAGGUUUUAGUACAUUCACAGACUUUGUUGCUUGAGAUCAAAUAAACAUUUUAAACUAAUGCUUACGAUUCCCCUCGUCCUUUCGCAUGAUAAAUUUAUUAGAAAUACUUUAUUUUCUGGGGAAUAGAAACACCUGCGAAUCAAGAGCAUAUUAAUCCUUUGAAAGCUGUCUGCGAUUUUCUGAUGUUCAUUCUUUGUUCAAAUCUGGAAUGAGUGAUUUCAAAAUGCUUUACACUUCUAUAAAUUUAUUUGAUUUUAUGUUUUAUCUCUUAAAUCUCGACUUCUUCAUACGCUUCUAAAUUUUAUGUUUCGCAAUAAAAAUUUUAAAGUAUGUUUAAAUGUUAGUCAUUAAAUAUAAGAUGCUCAUUCCAGAUAAUCGUUACAAAGAAUGAUAUUAUUACAAAGAUGAAAUUUAUGUAAAGAUUUAUAUUGAACAUUCAAUUACACGCUUGAAGGCUCUUGCGCAACCGGCAUGCUUUGCGACUGUAUUUUCAAAACCGGCCUAAUAACGUACUGCAUGAAAUUACAAAUACGGCCCAUUGCAUCUCGUGUAAAAUACCACUACCGCAAAGCAUGUCGGUUGCUCAGGAGCCUUCAAUUGGUUGCAGCUGAAUAGGCCAAUAAGUAUUAAAAUGAUCUGCUAGGACCGUGGAUAGACUUUACGCUUUAUUCUGAUUUUAAUUUUAUUUAGAGACAAUCGAGAUGUUUUCAUUAAACUUUGUCGA